AUGGAAGAGAUGUCAGGAGAAAGUGUGGUGAGCUCGGCAGUGCCGGCAGCUACAACACGGACCACAUCUUUCAAAGGCUCCAGCCCCAGCUCCAAGUAUGUGAAGCUAAAUGUGGGUGGAGCCUUGUACUACACUACAAUGCAGACACUAACCAAGCAGGACACAAUGCUCAAGGCCAUGUUCAGCGGCAGGAUGGAGGUGCUCACCGAUAGUGAGGGUUGGAUCUUGAUUGAUCGCUGUGGAAAACACUUUGGAACAAUCCUUAACUACCUCAGAGAUGGAGCAGUCCCACUCCCGGACAGUCGUCGGGAAACUGAGGAGCUGCUGGCUGAGGCCAAGUAUUACCUUGUCCAAGGCCUGGCUGAUGAAUGUACAGCAGCUUUGCAGAACAAAGAAACCUAUGAACCUCUUUGUAAAGUACCUCUGAUGACAUCAUCCAAGGAAGAGCAGAGACUUAUCGCAACUUCAAAUAAGCCCACUGUGAAACUGCUUUAUAACAGAAGCAACAACAAGUAUUCCUACACUAGUAAUUCUGAUGACAACAUGCUGAAAAAUAUUGAGCUGUUUGACAAGCUGUCGUUGCGGUUCAAUGGUCGAGUGCUCUUCAUCAAGGAUGUGAUCGGGGAUGAGAUCUGUUGUUGGUCUUUUUAUGGCCAGGGUCAUAAGAUCGCUGAAGUGUGUUGCACUUCCAUUGUUUAUGCCACAGAAAAAAAGCAAACCAAGGUUGAGUUCCCUGAGGCCAGAAUCUAUGAGGAGACCCUCAACAUCCUCCUGUACGAGUCCCACGACGGGAGAGGUCCAGACAAUGCCCUGCUGGAGGCCACAGGGGGCGCUGCAGGACGAUCUAAUAACCGCGAAGAGGAUGAGGAGCGAGAUCGAAUGGAGCGAGUUCGUAGGAUUCAUAUCAAACGACCCGAUGACCGCACACACCACCACCAGUGA